AUUUCAGGUAUGAAUGAGACUGAAACAAACACUGAGAUAUUCAUAAUUCUGGUUAGACCAGACUGGAAUAUGUAUUUAGCUCUAGGCAGUGCACCUGAGGAUGGAAACACUGUAUUAGCCUCAGAGAGAACACAGAGCAGAUUUAAUCAAAUGACACCUCAGUUAUACUGGUGAAGUUAUGAGGUAAGACCGCAAAAAUGAGUCAUAGUCAUUACAGCACAAACUAGGUUUACUGAUACAUCUGAAUAAUAGGAGUGAACCAGUUGGGUUUUUAUGGCAAUUCAAUGGCUUUCAUGGUCACUUUUUCCUAGUGCUGACCCCACAAAUUACCAGAGUCAUCCAGUUUAAUUUCACAACCAGCAUUUGCAUUUUGUAUAUUCUGUGUCACUGGUUUUUGUUUUGUUUGAAAUCAGUUUCACAGGAUAUUAGAAGGGGAGGGUUUACACUUGUGAAACUGAAACCAAACAUCACACAUCAGGAUUUGUUAGAACUGUCCAAUACAAUAUAACUUGAGUGUCAUCAGAUUUGAACAUGGCAGGAAAAAGCUCUGUUCAUAAACUCUGGAAAUGUGGAGACUGUGGGAAGGGAUUUCAUUAUCCUUCUCAGGUGGAAAUUCACCGACGUAGUCACACUGGGGAAAGACCAUUCACCUGCACCAAGUGUGGGAAAGAAUACGCCCAGGUAGCCCAUCUGCUGAAACAUCAGCUGAUUCACUCUGAAGAAAGACCUUUCAAAUGUUUUGACUGUGGGAACUGUUUUAAAAGCUCUGAGAAACUAAUGUCCCAUCAACGUGUACACUCUAAUGAGAGACCAUUCAACUGUUCCCACUGUGGGUCUGGAUUCAAACGAUCAUCUCAACUCACUGAACACCAGCGAGUUCACACUGGAGAGAGGCCAUUCACCUGCUCUGAGUGUGGGAGAGGAUUCACUCAGUCAUCCAGCCUGUUGAGACACCAGCGAGUUCACACUGGAGAAAGGCCCUUCAACUGUUCUGAAUGUGACAAGAGAUUCACUAAUUCAUCCAACCUUUUGACACACCAGCGGGUUCACACUGAUGAGAGACCAUUUAAAUGCUCAGACUGUGAGAAGUGCUACAAGAGUUCCAGGGAAUUGAUGUCCCAUCAACGUAUUCACACUGAUGAGAGACCUUUCAGGUGCUCUAACUGUGGGACUGGGUUCAGACGAUCAUCUCAACUUACUGAACACCAUCUGCUUCACACUGGGCAGAGGCCGUUCACUUGCUCAGUGUGUGGGAAGGGAUUUUGUCAGUCUUCUAGACUGCUGAGACACCACCAAGUUCAUGAGUAAUUACAGUGAUGGAUUUUUGUCUUCACAUUAUCCUGGACGAUACUAUGUUCACCCGAGUCUUGUUUCUACUUACAUGAAUAACCUCCAGCCCAAUUAUAGGGGUACAUAUCUGAUAUAAAAGGCAAAUAAAUCAAUUUUUA